AUGGGAACGUUCAAAGACUAUGAACGUGACUACCCUCAUCAUGGUUUUGCUCAAGGUAACCUCUUAAGUACUUUCUAUAGAGGAUUACACCCUAAGUAUCAACUCUCACUCGACACGGUCAGCAAUGGAGAUUUCACUACGAAGACCAUUCAAGAAGGACGAGCUCUCAUCGACAACCUUUCUGCAAGUAGUAGCAACACUUGCACCGAUUUUGAUAGAAGCAUCCGUUCUAGCAAUUCCAACGCUAAGGAGAUUGCCGAUCUUAAGAACAUGAUGAACCAACUUCUAAGGAACCGACAACACGGCGUAAACGCUUGUGAGACUAUUAAUAAUGGAAACAUGGAGCCUUUCCAAGAAGAUUCUUAUGACCAAGAAGAAGAAGUCAACUAUGUUCGGAAUUAUCCUCAGCAAGCUAACCGCUUUCAAGGCAAAAACUUUGGUGGAAACAACAACAACUUUCAGCUACGAGCUCAAUUCAACAACAACAAGCCGCCUUUCCAAACCGGACCAGCCCAGGCGCCUACCUCUAAAGUUGAUGCCAACGUUGAUAUAAAGAUGCAAGAAAUCCUUGUUUCUUUUCAAAAGCAAUUGGGAGACAUCAACUCAAGGAUGGAUAACAUCUAUACUGAGCUGAAAGGGAAGUUUGAAAGCAUUUCUAUCCAUGUUAAGAAACUUGAAACUCAAGUUGCUCAAACCGCUAAUACCGUUCCACGCCAAGUUGGUGUACUUCCGGCAAAACCCGAAGAGAAUCCUAAAGAAUAUUGCAAUGCUAUCUCAGUCGAACUAGCCUCACUUACCGUGAAGCCAAGCCUCUGGCAUUCUCUUUGUGAUUCUGGUGCUAAUAUUAAUGUUAUGUCAAGAAGUGUAGCUGAAAAGCUAGGAUUACGAGAAAUAUCGCCAUCCAACCUCAGUUUAGUCUUUGGAGACUCAUCACAAAAGGUUCCCGACGGAUUAGUUCGAGACCUACAACUUGUAGUAGGAGAUUGCAUAGUUCCUACCGAUUUUCAAAUCCUAGAGAUGGAAGAAAAAAAUGAAAGACCUUUGAUUUUAGAAAGACCAUUCCUAGCUACUGUUGGAGCUAUCAUCGACCACAAGUCAAAGAGGACAAUCUUUGCCAACAUCAACAAGAAGAAGUCAUAUCCAACUAUCUCCAAGCCGAAACCAUGGCUGACCAACUCGUUACAUGAAGAACCGAUGAAUCCUAGCAUCGACAAGAUGAAGCAAUUCGACCAUUCUGCAUCUACAAGUACCAACAACCUGCUACCCAAGCCACCUAAACCGCCUAAGCCACCACAAAUUUCCAAGAUCAAGAUCAUAGUUCCUCCUGAGCUAAGUAGCGAGAGCAAGGAACAGAUCCAAAAGAUGAUAAGGCAUACUAAAGAAGUUCUUCUUCAUGCAAAAUUUUUGAAACUUCCGCAAAAGGACAACUUGUUACUGAAGCUGGAGCAGAUUAUCAAGAUAUCAAAGGAGCCGAAGGAGCAUUGA